UGGCUCUGAUGUAUAUCUAUACUGUCAACCAAUUACAUUUAAAAGUUUGAUAUGUUUCUAGUUGCCACUAACAACGAGAAAAUAAGCAUAUAUUUCUAAGUAAAUCUUUGAUUAAUAAUGCGAUAAAAAGGGUAAUAGGGGGUUAUUAAGAAUCGUUUUGAAAUUUAUUUAUUGAUACUUAUUCGAUUCAUAAUAAUAAGGUGACAAUCACUAUGAGCUCAACUUUUGGCGGCAGUGAUGGCAACAAUAAUUUAAAUGUCAUUAUUUUUGAUGCGUCAAAAAAUGAAAGGAAAAUGAACGAAGAAUUUAAAAUACUCCAAAGGAAGUUGAAAUCAAGAUGGAAAUUCGUCGAAAACAACGAUAUUUUAACAGAGGAAUUGUUAUCGACGUGCAAAAUAUUAGUAUUGCCUGGUCCACAAAAUAAAUUUACAGAAUUAGAAAUAAAUUCUAUUAGAACGUUCUUAAAUUCUGGUGGACAUGUUUUAGUUAUGCUUGGCGAAGGUGGUGAAAAAAAAUCAAAUACUAAUGUAAACUUUUUAUUGGAAGAAUUUGGCAUAAUGGUGAACAAUGAUAGUGUUAUACGCAUGAGUUACAGUCAAACGAUGCAUCCAAAGGAAUGUUUAAUUUCUCAAGGAAUGUCAAAUAAAUCUAUAUUUUUAAGAAAUAGCAAUGAAUACAUAGACAUGAACUUUUUGUAUCCAUAUGGUGCAACUUUAAAUGUAGUACAGCCAUCAAUAGUUGCGUUAUCAAGUGGAUCACUAGCAAUUCCAACAAAUAGACCUAUUUCUGCUUUUCAUUAUAAUGAACACAAUGGUGGAAAGUUACUUGUUUUAGGUUCUUCAAGAAUGUUAACCGACACAUAUAUUGAAAAAGAAAAGAAUGAUUCAUUAAGACAAAUGAUCUUUGACUUUUUUGAAUCAAAAGAUAUUGUAAUCAAAGAAUCUCAAAUGGAUGAUAUAGAUUUCUGGGAAUAUAAUUUUAUACCAGAUAUAACACAGCAAGCUGAUAAUCCAAAAGUAUGCACUCAAGAUAUGGAUAUAAUGGAUAAUCCUCGUGAUUAUACCAAAUUAUUUAAACAUCAUCUUUAUUCAAUAAAUUUAGAUAUGAUACCAGUUUGUAUAAAGGCUUAUGAAGUGCUUGGCGUAAAACAUGAACCGCUUAGUCUAAUUCCACCACAUUUUGAGGCCCCAUUACCAGCCACACAAGCUUCGGUAUUUCCACCAAGUUUCCAAGAAUUACCACCACCAGCUUUGGAAUUAUUUGAUUUAGAUGAAGCUUUCAGUUCUGAUUUAUUGAAAUUAUCACAAUUAACAAAUAAAUAUAUGGCAACAAAAACUUUAUCCAAAGACGUGGAAUUAGAUCAUUACAUUCGUGAAUUUGGGAGUAUUGUUAGAAUAAGUACUUCUGAUACCCACACAGCUAAAGAAGUAUUAAAUGCUGUUUUUCAAAGUAUCUGUAGCUACAAAGCUAUGCAUGAAUGAGAAUAUUAGAAAAUUGUAUAUAUUGUGUAUUUCUCAUCCUACUUUUAUAAUAUAAAUGUACAGAUAUAUAUACAA